AUGUCAUCAUCAUCUACAGAUACAACAACAACAUCAUCAUCACCAUCACCCACUAGCCGUAAUAACAAUAACAGACAUAAUAAUGGUCGUGAUAUCCAUUUGAAAGUUUCAGAUAACAUCAAGACAAACAGUCUAAGCACAACUAAUAAUACAGCCGCACUAUCACCCACGUUUAAUUUACAACAACCACCACCACCAUCAAGUGGAAUAGUACCACCACCAAGUGGAAUAGUACCACCAAUUAGGAAAGUACAACAUACAUCAACCAAUGAACUGAUUAGUUCAAUUACAUCCAAUGCAUCUGAUUUAACAAUUUAUGAAUCUUCAAUUUGUUCAAUUAUGACAUCAAAAUCACAACAAACAUCAAAUGAAACAUUGGUUGAACCACAACAGAAUCAUAUAAUAAUCAAUGAACCCAGUUGUUCUGGUAAAUUGUUUAGUUUUGAUGAAAAUGAUGAAGAAGAUAAGAAUCAACAUAAUCCAUUCUUUAAUGUUGAUUUAAGUACAACUAGAUCUCCACCUCCAGUUCCACAAUUAAAGAAACAAAUGACAUUACCUUCAUUAUAUAAGAAAUGUCCCGUUCCACCAUUGGCAACAUCUUCCCCCAUGGAAUUAUCAUUUGAUUCAAUUAAAUCUGAACAAGCUAAAAGAUUACAUUAUAUUCCAACUCAAAACUUCAAACCUCAAAUUGAAAAAUUAUCCAAUAGAAUUCAUUAUAUGUCACCAUUGGAUAUUAAUAACAUGUUGAAUUCUAAUCAUUGCACCCAUCUUGCCAUUGAUAUUCGUCCAUUCAAUGAUUAUAUCAAAUCACAUUUAAAAUCAUCUUUAAAUAUCUGUUUACCUUCAACAUUAUUAAAACGACCCAAUUUUUCAUUAUCAAGAUGUAUGAAUUCAUUACCCGAUUAUGAAAUGUCCAAAUUUAGUCAAUUCUUAGAAGAUCCUCAAGGUGGUGAUUUAAUUAUAUAUGAUUCAAAUUCAAAUUCAUCAAAUUUAUAUCAUGUUUGUAAUAAAUUUAUUCAAAGUCCAAGUUUUCAAAAUUCAAUGUGUCAAAUAUAUUUAGUUGAUACUAAUUUUACCCAAUUUCAUAAUUUAUAUCCUCAUUUAUUUGAAUCGGGGACUAUACUGUCGGAUAUGCUCGAACAACAACAACAACAACCGCAAGAUUGUGCUUGCAAUUUAAAUAACUACCUACCACCAAUCAUAGUCCCAUCAGCAAGAGUUUCUCGGUCUCAAUCAGUAUCCGACAUUUCCCCUUAUCGAAGAUCAAAUCCAAAUCUGUCCUCCUCCUCUUCCAAUUCACCAUCAAUGGCAAGUAGUAAUAGCAGUCUAAAGGAGAAAUUGAAUACUCCAAUAUUAGCUAAUUUCACCCUUCCGUCAAAAUCAACCACAUUUAAACUUCGUCAUAAUGAGGAGUUGUUACAACCGCCAAGACCCACAUUGACAAGUUAUCCAACAUCCACAGCAACAGCUACCACGAAAUCACCGAUUAAUCAAUAUGAAGUGAAUAAUAAUGCCUUGUUUCGAUUAGAAAAUAUCCCAGACGAUAAAUCAGUCUUACCCAAUUGGAUUAAAUCAACCAUCUUAAAUAAUAAUGGAGAAUUCACCGGGCGAAACCUAAAUGAUAAUUUCUAUAUCUUGGAAAAACUCGAACAAAAACGAUUAGUCAAAGCAUUAUCAUUAUCUGAUCCAAUCUUGAGUCCAAUCAAUGAAACCCCGUUGCAGAUAAGUAAAGGAAUAGAAUAUGGACAUAAGAAUCGAUAUAAGGAUAUCUUUUUAUAUGAACAUUCACGAGUUAAAUUAGAUAAUAAUGAAGGGGAUGAUUCGAUUGAGAAUUAUAUAAAUGCAAGUUAUGUCACUCCCUCGGAUUCAUUUUUGAGUGAGCUUGUGGAUAGGAGAAAAUUAGGAAAUCAGGUGAAUUAUAUCGCCACUCAAGGUCCAUUGGAUGAUACCAUGGGUGAUUUUUGGAAAUGUGUAUAUAAUUUAAACUCAUGCUUGAUUAUUUCAUUGACUGAUGAGAUUGAGAAUGGGGUGAUGAAAUGUUCACCAUUUUGGAAGAGUGGGAUCUAUCAUCGAUCACAACAGGAUUCGAUCAGUGUACAAAUAUUACAAGAGUUUAAAUAUGAUGAGAAUUUGAUUAUUAGAAGGUUUGUGAUUAGGUUUAAGGAGAAGGAGAAGAGGAUUAUUCAAGUGCAAUUGAUUUCUUGGCCGGAUAUGGGGACGAUUAUUGAUCCGGAUCAUAUUUUACAGAUUAUCCAAUUGAAAGAAUUCAUAUUACGAAAUUUAGAUGAUAAUAAUGAUAAUGGGUUUUUAGUUGAUUAUCCAACUAUAGUUCAUUGUUCGGCCGGGUGUGGCCGAACAGGGACAUUAUGUGUGAUUGAUACGAUAAUUAAUCUACUCAAAACAGAUGAAUGUAAAUUGAUACAAGAUCCAAUAUUUGAUUUAGUUAAUGAUUUUAGAAAACAGAGGAUAUCAAUGGUCCAGAAUUUACGACAAUAUUAUUUGAUUUAUGAAGUAUUAUUAGUUUGGAUGAAUAGAAAUGAUGAAAAGUUAAAGAAAUGGAAUGAAUUGAUACAAUUGGAUAUUGUUAAACAAUUCAUUAAAUCGGGAUAA